AUGGUGCUUAAUCUCCUCUUUAUAACCACUGUGAUAAAGUCCACAUUUGGUGUGGUAACCACUGGGCUUUGGUUAAUCCCCCUAAUGCUGGCUGCCAUCACAUAUUAUCGCUAUGAUGCUGUAGAUCCUGAAUCAAGACCAUUGGAUCAAUUAAACCUAUAUCCUGAAUAUGAUUUCAUAGUGGUGGGCAGUGGUUCAGCAGGUGCUGUUGUGGCCAAUCGUCUCAGUGAAGUGAGAAAAUGGAAAGUUUUGCUCAUUGAAGCUGGUCCCGAUGAGAAUGAGAUCUCGGAUGUACCUUCUUUGGCGGCAUAUUUGCAAUUGAGUAAAUUGGAUUGGGGUUACAAGACUGAACCCUCGACGAAAGCCUGUUUGGGAAUGCAAAAUAAUCGUUGUAAUUGGCCCAGAGGACGUGUACUUGGUGGCAGUUCAGUCCUGAAUUAUAUGCUCUAUGUACGUGGAAAUCGCAAUGAUUAUGAUCAUUGGGCUUCAUUGGGUAAUCCUGGCUGGGAUUAUGAUCAUGUUUUGCGUUAUUUCAAAAAGUCAGAGGAUAAUCGUAAUCCAUAUUUGGCUAAUAAUCAAUAUCAUGGUCGCGGUGGUUUACUAACUGUGCAGGAAUCACCAUGGCAUUCUCCACUGGUGGCUGCCUUCGUGGAAGCUGGAACACAAAUGGGUUAUGAUAAUCGUGAUAUCAAUGGAGCUCAACAGGCGGGAUUUAUGAUUGCCCAGGGAACGAUACGACGAGGAUCACGUUGCUCCACAGCCAAGGCCUUUCUGCGACCCAUCAGGCAGCGUAAGAAUUUCCAUCUCUCAAUGAAUUCCCAUGUCACCAGAAUCAUUGUGGAACCAGGGACAAUGCGUGCCCAGGCUGUCGAGUUUGUAAAACAUGGAAAAGUCUACAGAAUAUCAGCCAGAAGGGAAGUAAUCCUCUCAGCCGGAGCCAUAAAUACACCACAAUUGAUGAUGCUAUCGGGCCUGGGACCACGGAAACAUUUGGAAAAGCAUGGAAUACGUGUCCUUCAGGAUCUCCCCGUGGGUGAGAAUAUGCAGGAUCAUGUCGGAAUGGGUGGAUUAACAUUUCUGGUGGAUAAACCUGUGGCCAUUGUUCAGGAUCGUUUCAAUCCCACAGCUGUGACAUUUCAAUAUGUUUUGAGAGAACGUGGACCCAUGACCACUCUGGGUGGUGUAGAGGGUUUGGCCUUUGUCCAUACACCAUACUCCAAUCGUAGUCUCGACUGGCCGGAUAUACAAUUUCAUAUGGCUCCGGCAUCGAUUAAUUCGGAUAAUGGUGCCAGAGUGAAGAAGGUGUUGGGUCUAAAGGAAUCCGUCUAUCAGGAGGUCUAUCAUCCCAUAGCCAAUAAGGAUAGUUGGACAAUAAUGCCUCUACUAUUACGUCCCAGAUCGAGGGGUUCGGUGAAGUUACGAUCGGCUAAUCCCUUUCAUUAUCCCCUGAUUAAUGCCAAUUACUUUGAUGAUCCAUUGGAUGCCAAGACACUGGUUGAAGGUGCCAAGAUAGCUCUACGUGUGGCCGAGGCUCAGGUCUUUAAGCAAUUCGGUUCGAGAUUGUGGCGAAAACCUUUGCCAAAUUGUAAGCAACAUAAAUUCCUUUCGGAUGCCUAUUUGGAGUGUCAUGUUCGUACCAUUUCGAUGACCAUCUAUCAUCCAUGUGGCACAGCGAAAAUGGGUCCUGCCUGGGAUCCCGAGGCGGUUGUGGAUCCUCGUCUGCGAGUCUAUGGCGUCCGUGGACUUCGUGUGAUCGAUGCCAGCAUAAUGCCAACGAUUAGUAGUGGAAAUACUAAUGCUCCGGUCAUUAUGAUUGCAGAAAAGGGUGCCGAUCUCAUCAAAGAGGAUUGGCUAACAAAUCCCGAGUACAAGGUUAAACGGCAGGCAACAAUUCAGGAUACUGAGCCAGCUGCAAGUGGUGUGGUGAUCCAAGGAGUGACAGUCUCUCCACCUCCUAUUGAUGGGAGUAAUGGCAACAUUACCACCACCCCAAGGACACUCAUAGAUAUCCUGGAGAGCAGCGGAAGUAGUAGUAGUAGUAGUAGUACAAGUAAUUUCAAAGGCAACACCACAUCACUGUCAUCGGAUAGUUAG